AUGGCCAUUUCCAGCACUUCCCCAGCACCUGAUACUGGCUCGGACGCGUUUUUGGCCGCGUCACGUGACGCGGAGCUCCCUGUCACACCGGGUCACGUCACCAUUGCUUCCUCAGCACCUGAUGCUGGCUCGGGUGCAUUAUCACGUGACACUCCGGUCAUGCUGGGUCGUGUCACGAGGCAGGAGCCCAGACCUACUGUCGACUGGAAUGCCAGGCUUCUGCAGGGCUUUGAUGCAAGUUUUGCUGCCCGCCUGCAGCAACGUCAUCGCCAGCCUGUCAACAUGCUGGCCCCACCUCCCACCUCCACAACUCCUUCAGUACCCCCUCCUUCUGAGUUGUCGGCACCUGCUGUGACUGACUGGUCUGCUGAACUCUGUCGCCGCUGGUCCGAGAGUCACAUCACGCGUCUUGAACGGAGACGACUCAACAACCCGUAUGCUAAGGUCACCACUUGGCAAGAGAAUCGCAAUGCUAUGGAUCAGACAAUCCAUGACCUCCGACGAUAUAACGUGAAGUUGGCAAAGGACAUCAUGUGGUGGGAAGAGCAACAUGAGCAAGACCUCAAGAAUGAUGAUAGGGAUGUGGAUACCUUCUGCUCUCAGUUGGAGGAGCACCUCUUUGAGCAGAAGAAGGGAAAAAGUCGGGAGGAGCGUCGGCAUUUGGAUGAGCUACGCAGGGAGGGCCCUCCACCUGGCUGGGAGCCUUCUGAAUAG